CGAUAUUUUUGUCCACGUCACUUCCUUCUCAAAACGUGUCCCUUAUUGGUUUGACUUCGUUUGCACUACAAAUGCCCUAAUCGGGAAACGUCGAUCUGUGCACACAUUUUUUUUACCUCCUUUUGUUUCUCUGCGUUUUCGAUUCUCUACGGUUGAAUUUGUUUAGGUACGUAUUAAUAAGAUGGGAGGUGGAUUUAGAGUUCUUCAUCUUGUGAGACCAUUUCUCUCAUUUCUUCCCGAAGUUCAGAGUGCUGACAGGAAAGUUCCCUUUCGUGAGAAGGUCAUAUACACUGUGAUCUCCCUUUUCAUUUUUUUGGUAUGUAGUCAACUUCCAUUGUAUGGCAUUCAUUCCACAACUGGUGCGGAUCCUUUCUAUUGGAUGCGUGUUAUUCUUGCUUCAAACCGUGGGACUGUUAUGGAGCUUGGUAUCACUCCAAUUGUAACAUCUGGUUUAGUGAUGCAACUUCUUGCUGGGUCAAAGAUCAUUGAAGUGGACAACAAUGUACGUGAAGACCGUGCUCUCUUAAAUGGUGCUCAAAAAUUGUUGGGCAUUCUGAUAGCUGUUGGUGAAGCAGUGGCUUAUGUUCUCUCGGGGAUGUAUGGUAGUGUUAGCCAACUUGGAGUGGGAAAUGCUAUUUUAAUUAUCAUUCAGCUUUGCUUUGCUGGGAUUAUUGUGAUUUGUUUGGAUGAACUUCUCCAGAAAGGAUAUGGCCUGGGCUCUGGAAUCUCACUUUUCAUAGCAACCAAUAUCUGUGAAAACAUCAUCUGGAAAGCAUUUAGUCCAACCACCAUCAACAGUGGCAGAGGCGCUGAAUUUGAAGGUGCUGUUAUUGCUUUAUUCCAUCUGCUGAUUACUCGUACAGACAAGGUCCGUGCCCUUCGCGAAGCAUUUUACCGGCAGAAUCUUCCAAAUGUGACGAAUCUUCUUGCAACAGUGUUGAUCUUCCUAAUUGUUAUAUACUUUCAAGGGUUCCGUGUGGUUUUGCCUGUGAGGUCAAAGAAUGCUCGUGGUCAGCAGGGUUCAUAUCCAAUCAAGCUGUUCUAUACCUCUAACAUGCCUAUUAUUUUGCAAUCUGCUCUUGUGUCUAACCUCUACUUUAUCUCUCAGUUGUUGUACAGGAGGUACAGUAACAAUUUCCUCGUGAAUCUUUUGGGUACGUGGAAGGAAUCUGAAUAUUCAAAUGGUCAGUCAGUCCCUGUUGGUGGCAUUGCAUAUUACAUCACUGCACCAUCAAGCCUUGCUGAUAUGGCAGCAAAUCCUUUCCAUGCACUUUUCUAUCUUGUGUUUAUGUUGUCAGCUUGUGCACUCUUCUCAAAAACAUGGAUUGAAGUUUCUGGGUCAUCUGCUAAAGAUGUAGCCAAGCAGCUGAAGGAACAACAAAUGGUUAUGCCUGGUCACCGGGAGUCCAACUUACAGAAAGAGUUAAACCGCUACAUACCCACAGCUGCAGCUUUUGGAGGGAUCUGCAUUGGUGCAUUGACAGUGUUGGCAGAUUUCAUGGGUGCGAUUGGUUCAGGGACAGGGAUUCUUCUGGCUGUCACAAUCAUUUAUCAGUACUUUGAAACCUUUGAGAAGGAGAGAGCCAGUGAACUUGGCUUCUUUGGUUUCUAAGAUUCCAUCUUGUUCAGAGUGAUGGAUGGUGGUGAGCUCCCCGGCAAUUUUGGUGAGCUGAGAGAUGUAUGUAGGUACUUCUGACACUAAAGGCUCAAGUUAGAUUUUAGCAUAAUUCAUUAGAAGUUGAAGUACAGAUACGCAUCAUCUAAAGCUUAAUAUUUGUUUUUACAUCCUCUUCCCUUUCUCUUGUACACCCAUGGAUUUUUGGAUCUUUAGUUUCCUGAGUUAAGAACUUUUGAAGAUUGAUUAGUUGAGACUUCUGGGUCCUACUGACCUAUGAUGAAGCUUCCUCGAGUUAUUUUAUUAAAACAAUGAAGUAUUAUCAUUAUUAUUUAA